AUGGCGGAACGCGAAUACGGCGCUUCGCUAACUACAGCAACGGAAGCGUCCAAUAUUAUCUCGGUACUCAAAAUUAACGUCGACGCAUAUCCAUACCGUUCCAUCAGAUGGCGUCCUCGUCACAACGCAUCUGACGCGGUCAAAUCUACUCCAGACGCCUCGAAAAUCAAAGCACGAUCAGACAGCCUGGUGACCGGCACUGAAACGCGCCAGACUGCGAAAAAGGUCAGCGAUUCUACCGUCACUCUACCGGCGUCCGGUAGUGACCAGCCCGCUCCCGCUUAUGGCCCUUCUUUCUACUUCCGAGACACAUUCUUUACAUUCAACCCCAACACCGUAGACCUGAACAGAAUCGGCAUUGCGUACGAGUACGGCGACUACUAUUACAUCUGUCUCGAACUACCACAUCCUUCCUCCGGCGUAUUUAUGGAACAAAGCGGCUUCGUUCCCCGCAGUGUUGUUGGACCUUACCUCGCGGUCGAGUGGGCAUCGCUUACGAAGGAGCAUAUUGGAGAAUAUGGGAUCGCUGUCUGCGGUGACGACAGAAGGUGGAAGGUUCACGGUCAAGUCCUGCGGGCUGUGCAAAAUAGCUGCCGCAAGACGGCAACAGCCCUGUACCACACGCCUAGGUGGCUCAGUCAAUGUCAUGAAGAGGAAGUGAGGUAUAACCUUGGUCGGUGGUUCAAGCAGGCAGUCCAUUCGGUCUAUCAACACGAGAAGGAGAAGACGAAUCCAAAUGACGAGGAGGCAGACAAGUUCAUGGAGGAGUUUAUGGUGUUUGAUUAG